UCUGGGCUUCCAUCAAUAAAGGAUGCUGUGAGGAAUGUGACCGAAUGUCAAUCACCCUUCAAGAUCCCAGUUCCAGGACAACUCUUUACCUCGCUCUACCGAAUGACAGAGUUCACAGUUACAGCAAACCAAGGAGCAUUUCAUCAACAUCGUCUUUAAAUUGACAGAUCUGACAACUUUCCUUGAUUUUGAUUGGUAGCGAAGUACAGUUAUUUGUUAACUCUCAGAUUCAACAGGACUUGUAUUAAACGUCCGACAAGUCUUUCAUGAAACGCUGCCCGGGUCAUUUUUCAUGCUAUUAUCCUUUAUUGCUACGCGACCUUCAUUAUGAUGAAGAGAUGUUAGAUAUCAAUCGACCUUCAUUUUUCAGAAUUCGAUUUCCAUGGAUCUAGAGAAUAUGAGCAUAAUCGAAUAUGGCAGUACGACAUCGUCGUAUCCUUUCACUGGACCUGGACCUGGGCCAACGACCUCACCGGACCCGCAGCAAUCACUAACAGGAGUCACACUGAUCGCUAUUACCGCUGUCCUGUCAAUUGUGUGCAAUAUCUUGAACCUCAUCAUCUUGCCCCACCUAGCAGAACUGAAUGAAGCCAGUCGUGUGUUCUACAUGUCCUUAGCACUCGUUGAUCUGGCCACAGGUAUCUUACUGUUGCCAAUGAGCGUUGCUGCCGUCGGAGGAGAGUGGCCGUUUGGAAAUCCGCUUUGUAAAGCUCUAGGGUAUUUUCUGACGGUGACAACGGGACUAUCCUCAUCAACAGUAUUUUACCUGAAUGUCGACCGUUUCAUCGCAGUUACAAGACCUUUACGUUACGCCUCUCUUGUCAAUCGGAAGCGCGCAAUUGCCACAAUGGUAUCACAAACAUUCGGAACUUUCAUCAUAUUGUUUUUUGUUCUGUAUUUCGCCGGCGAUCGAUUCAACAUCAUUGUCUACCGGGAAUUCGGAGUUUGCUUGGUGGACUUUUCUCAGCCAUAUUUCGCACCGUACACGAUAUUCAGCUUUGCCAUUUCCAUGUGGAUGUACGCUAUUUUGCUUCUUAUUUUUUAUGUUUUAAUGCUGCAUAUUGUGCGGCGGCAUGCUCGGACGAUUGCCAGUCAAGCCGCAGUUGCCAUGGUGAAUGCUUCGACCGUGCGCACUGAAUCGCAAACGCGCACCACGGAACAGUUUCAAAAGGAUGUCGAACGUGCCGAGAAACUCGCACGUCACAUGCGCCACCGCGGGCUAAUAAAAUCAGUGAUAUUGACGGUAUCGAUCGCUGGGGCAUUUUAUAUUGCUUGGUUGCCUUUUACAAUUUGUGAAGUUGUGGCGGCCGUGCGUGGCAAAAGGAUACCUCCAAACAUAAUGGAGCUCGCGUCGAGGUUGACUUUGUGCAAUGGUUGGUUGAACACUGUGAUAUAUCUACUCCUGAAGGAAACCUAUCGACAUGCAGUGGCUGAGUUUGUUCGUAAAACUUGGAAGGGAUUGUGUAAUCAUCGGAGAGCUGACGUUUCUUGAUCACCUUUCAAAAUUUUCCAUAGACUUUUAAAGGAACCAAUUUCCCACUCUACAUUAAGUUAAAAAAGACUUUAUCACCAAACAAAUAUAUUAUGCAUAUAUAAAUAGUACUGAAGCUGAGUGCUAAGCAUCAA